AUGCACCACCUCACCCGUCGCGUGCCAAAUGUCUGCCACCGCUGCGCCUCGCGCCUUGCCAGGCCCUACACCAUCGCCCAUGCUUCGCGCCACAAUGGCCGGCCCUUCCGUCUCGCCGUCAUCGGCUCCGGGCCCGCGGGCUUCUACUCGGCCUACCGCGUCUUGAACAGAAUACAGGACUCGGUCGUCGACAUGUACGAGCACCUCCCUGUGCCGUACGGGCUCGUCAGGUUUGGCGUGGCGCCCGACCACCCGGAGGUCAAGAACUGUCAGGACAAGUUUGAGGAAGUCGCCCAGUCGCCGCGCUUCAACUUUGUUGGCAAUGUCGACGUCGGCCACGACAUACCGCUCACGGCGCUGGCGCCGCACUACGAUGCCAUCCUCUUCGCCUACGGCGCCUCCAAGGACAGACGGUUGGGCAUACCCGGGGAGGAUCUGCCAGGCGUUUACUCGGCUAGGGCGUUUGUGGGAUGGUACAACGGCCUGCCAGAGUACGCCGACCUGGACCCUAAGCUCGACGCCGGUGAAGAAGCCGUUGUCAUCGGGCAGGGUAACGUUGCGCUUGACGUGGCGCGGAUACUGCUAAGCGACGUGGACGCGCUUCGCAAGACAGACAUUGCCCCGCAAGCAUUGGACAGGCUGGCGCAAAGCAAAGUUAGGUCCGUCAGGAUUGUCGGGCGGAGGGGCCCCAUGCAGGCCGCCUUCACCAUCAAAGAAGUUCGCGAGUUGCUCGGGCUCCCAGGCAUCGCAUUUGAGCCCAUAGACCCGGCGCUGUUUCCUCCGGAGAGCUACAAGCUGACGCGCCAGGCGAAACGCAUUACCAAAAUCCUAUCGGAAGGCUCGCCGAACCCUGCGUCGUCGGCCAGCAAGAUGUGGGCCCUGCAGUUCCUUCACUCACCCAAGGCCUUCCACGGCUCACCCAACGCUGCAGGGUCGCUGUCCCACGUCGAGUUUGAGCGCACGGCCUUUGUGCCGGAGGCGGACCCUUUCGAGCGUGGCGCACGGGUAACGGGAACGGGCGCGACGACGGCGCUGCCCGCGGCGUUGGCCUUCCGCUCCGUGGGCUACAAGUCGACGGCGUUGGCGGGACUGGACGAUCUGGGAGUUCCCUUUGACGAGGGAAUGGGCAUCAUCCCGAACGACAUGCACGGGCGUGUCGUGACACCGGCGGGCGGACCAUCGUCGCUGACGGCUGCUCACGUGCCUGGCAUGUACUGUGCAGGCUGGGUCAAGCGCGGGCCCACGGGCGUCAUUGCCAGCACCAUGGAGGAUGCAUUUUCGUCAGCCGACAUCAUUGCUCGCGACUGGCAGCAGGAAGCAGGGUUUUUGAAUGGUUCCGGGCUGGGCUGGGAGGGCGUCCGGUCGGCGUUGGGUGGCGCCAAGAGGAUAGUGAGUUGGGGAGAUUGGAAGCGCAUUGAUGAGGCGGAGAAGGCGAUUGGAAGGGAAAAGGGACGCGAGCGAGAGAAAUUUACACGCGUCGAGGACAUGUUGCGGGUGCUGGACGGAUGA